UGAGGAGGAGGAGGAGGAGGAAAAGGAGACGAAGCUGUAGACCGACUGGAGGCGUGUGAUUGCGUUGCUGUGGCUGUUUGUCUCCGCCGGGGUUUGCAGCAAUCGGAAGGGGUCUUGGCCUUACAGGCUAUGGCUAUGGCUAUGCCGAGCGCCCGGGAGUCUGGUCCUCACUCGUCUUCGGCCGUUAAGAUCGGCUGGGCUGGCAAGCAGUUGUUCCCUUGGACCUGCCUUGACGUUGACGACACGGAUUUGACUCCGUUUGCGAGGUAUUCUUCUGUGUUUGAGGGUUAUGCGUUCAACCCGUUACUCUCUGUCGGUUUCGAGGAGACAGGUACGGAGGUGGGCGGAGCUGUUAGCGAUGGCGAAGGUCUUACCGUGCGCUCGUCAUCGACGACCUUGCGUGGGCUUACGGAUUCCGUGGUCCGCCAAGGCUCUCCGAUUGUCCAAGUGGGAUUCACGAGGAGGUUCCCCUGUUGUCCGCAUGGAACGUUGUUCCGCGGUGGGUCCAAGUUUCGCGGGGGCGCCUGUGGCAUCUAUCGUCCCGUCGCUGACGUCAGAACAAGGCUUGAUGACGUUAACGAUCAGCUCAGGUCGCCUCUCAAGCAGCUGUUCGACGAGCUGGACAAGCGCCGAUCUGGUGCGCUGGACGAAGAGGAGGUGAGGAGAGCCACGGAGUUGCUGGGGCUUCCUACCUCUCCCACGGAGGUGCGGGAUUUCGCAAGGAACGCAGGCCCGGUGACGUUUGACAAGUUCGCUUGCUUCGCCGCUGGGUUGGAACAGAGGCUAUGCGUCUCCUUCAGGAAACUGCAGAAGAGCCGCGCAGGAGGCGGUAUAACCAAGGAGGAUGUACUCGACGUCCUACGAACGUACAACAUCCCGCCGAAAACGGCCUAUCAGAACGAGUGGUCGGUACGACAGCGACAGAAGCUGGGCAAGCCGGGGUCAGAGGAGGGGUUGGGACUGGAGGAUCUGCGAAAUUACCUAGUAUGGGUAAGCCAGGCGGGAGAGGUUCUGGAGUCAAACACUAGAGCUCGAGCUGCCAUCGAUUUCGGAGGCGAUAUGGACGCCGCUCUGCCGCUUGCCUUCCGCGGGCCGGCGGGUCGGGCGGACCUUCGCCAAUUUCCCGAGUUGCUGACGACCAAGGACAGUCUGGCGGCGUCCAUCUCGGGUGCCGUGGCCCGAACCCUGGUCGCGCCCUUGGAAAGGGUGAAGAUCCUGCAGAUGGUUUAUCCUCGCACAGCGAGAGAGAGCAUGCCUGCAAUCUUGAGAGGAAUACGCGCGAGGGAGGGGGGGAACAGAGGAUUGUGGAGGGGAAAUGUGCUCAACGUGCUGCGACUCUUCCCUGCCAAGGCGGUGGAGGCCCUCGUGUUCAAGGCGAUAUCUGGGGGCCGUUUCGACCCCAACCCAGCUGCCGCUCAUGCUGGAGGAUAUCGCCAUGUGGGAGGUCAGAUGGAAAUGGACGCUCCCGCCCGGAGGGUGGGGGAGGGGGGCAGAGGAGGAGAAGGCGUUGCAGUCGACAAGCAAAGCAAGUCUAAGUACGACCUAUUGCGAGAACUGCGGCGGAACACGGCGGGUAUACUCGCUUCCGCUGCUGGAAUCUUGGCUGCUUAUCCUAUAGAUACACUUAGAGUUGCAGUUCAGUCCCUGCCGAACCAGUCGGUGGCCUCAUCAGCUGGGCGUAUUGUGACAGAAAAUGCUGGUAGAGGAGCGGCGGCUCGAACUGGGAGCAGGGAGGUGCUUGGUAUUGCCAGGGCCAUUGUGAGGAACAGGGGGGUGAAGGGCUUGUACGACGGCGUUGGUGCCCAUCUUCUCCGAGCAGUUCCCUACAUCCUCUUCAGCAGUUACCUCCUCACAUCUCUCGAGGAUCGCUAUAGGAGGAGGAAGGCCGGGCGGUCGGAGACCGAGCUAGGGCCAGUGGGUGUGGUUCUGUGCGCCACUGCUGCAGCGCUCUGUGCGCAGACGCUGUUGUAUCCCUUGGAAACGGUGCAGAGGCGUCUGCAGCUGCAGUCUGCACUCAGCUCAAGGGCCGGAGACCUGUACUACUCUGGCCUGCGCGAUGCCUUCAAACGCAUCAUCAGGGAAGAGGGGGUGAAAUCCCUGUACGCUGGAAUGGGAGCCAACCACGUCAAACUCCUUCCUGCAGCAGGAAUUUCCUUUGCAAUUCACGACAGUGUGCGGGGCCUGAUUGACGGCUUUUAAAAGAAUCUGGAAGCCCUCCCUCCGACGAAUUCAAUCAAGAAGGAAAGAGGCAGCCACGUCGUCCUUAAGGAGAGAAAGGAGGAGAGAAAUAGCUUUAGUCUGAAACGUUUCUUUCCGCGUGGAAACCCUGUUGUGAUGCAGGAUGUUACGACCAAAACAAAUCAGCGUGAAGCGG